AUGAGUAACAUUAAGAUGCUUUGUGAGCACAGUAAUGACAUGAAGGAAAAGGGAAGUAAAAUACAGACAAGAGUUGGAUUAUUAAUGUUGCUUUGUACCUGGUUAAGCAACUGUCCCAUCGCAGUCACACAUUUUCUUCACAAUUCAGCCAAUGUUCCAUUUCUUACUGGACAAAUUGCAGAAAAUCUUGGAGAAGAGGAGCAGUUGGUUCAAGGGUUAUGUGCCCUUCUGUUGGGUAUUUCAAUUUACUUCAAUGACAACUCACUUGAGAGCUAUAUGAAAGAGAAACUAAAACAAUUAAUAGAGAAGAGGAUUGGUAAAGAGAAUUUCAUAGAGAAACUAGGCUUUAUUAGCAAGCAUGAGUUAUACUCCAGAGCAUCACAGAAACCCCAACCGAACUUCCCCAGUCCAGAAUACAUGAUAUUUGAUCAUGAGUUUACAAAGCUGGUGAAAGAACUUGAAGGUGUUAUUACUAAAGCUAUUUAUAAGUCAAGUGAAGAAGAUAAGAAAGAAGAGGAGGUAAAGAAAACUUUAGAACAGCAUGACAAUAUUGUGACUCACUACAAAAAUAUGAUUCGUGAACAA